AUGGAUCUGGGAGCCCCAGAAAACGAUUCAGUUGUCACUGAGUUUAUUCUGCUGGGUCUAGCAGAGACUCCAACCUUAAAAUCCAUCCUCUUUGUCGUCUUCCUUCUUGCUUAUGUAGCUACUGUGGGUGGCAAUUUCAGCAUCCUAGCUGCCAUCAUCACUGAACCCAAACUCCACACCCCCAUGUACUUCUUCCUGGGGAACCUGUCCCUGCUGGACGUUGGGUGCAUCACGGUCACUGUCCCUGCCAUGCUGAGGCAUUUCAUGUCCAAUAACAGAAGUGUUCCCUAUGGAGCCUGCCUCUCUCAGCUCUUCUUCUUCCACCUCCUGGCCGGGGUGGACUGCUUCCUGCUGACUGUCAUGGCCUAUGACCGUUACCUGGCCAUCUGCCAGCCUCUCACCUACAGCACCCGCAUGAGUUGGGGAAUCCAGCGAGGCUUGGCGGUCAUGUCAUGUGUCUUUUCCUUCACCAAUGCAUUGACCCAAACUGUUGCCGUAUCCACCCUUAAAUUCUGUGGGCCCAAUGUGAUCAACCACUUCUACUGUGACCUCCCACAGCUCUUCCAGCUGUCCUGCUCCAGCAUCCAGCUCAAUGAGCAGUUGCUCUUUGCAGCAGCAGCCUUCAUGGGUGUGGCCCCCUUGGUCCUCAUCUCUGUGUCCUAUGCCCACGUGGUAGUUGCAGUCCUGCGAAUCCGCUCCGCUGAGGGCAGGAAGAAAGCCUUCUCCACAUGUGGCUCCCACCUCACCGUGGUGGGCAUCUUCUAUGGGACAGGUGUCUUCAGCUACAUGAGGCUGGGCUCAGUGGAGGCUUCAGACAAGGACAAGGGCAUUGGCAUCCUCAACACCGUCAUCAGCCCCCUGCUGAACCCGCUCAUCUACAGCCUCCGGAAUCCUGAUGUGCAGGGUGCCCUGCAGCGGGUGUUCACAGGGAGACGGCCCCCCAAGUGAGAUAACACCCUCUGGCCUUAAUGAAUGUCAUGGUUCCACUUCUUGUGAGAGGUAUAGUGAUACAUGCAAGUGGGAUGAGGGUGUGUAAAAUGGGACCAGAGGCUGU